GGCGGCGGCGGCCGGAGGGAGCGGAGGCGAGCGGCUGACGGGCUCCAUGGAGAGCGGCGGACGCCCCGGCAAAGGCGGCGCUUCCCCCCUGGCACCCGGGCUCCACUGACCGGCGCUCGCGACCUGCCCGGCCUCAGAGCGGCCGCCGGCUCCAGGACUGACCGGCCGGCCUCGUUGCUCCUUCCCGGGCCGCCGCCUCGCCUGCCGGCGCCCUUGCGCCCGACUCGCCCUCAUCCCCAUUCCCCGGCGGGGUGGCGGCGGCUGGGCCACCGCAGCGGCGGCCGGAGCAGCAGCGGCAGCAAGAGCCCGCCUCUAUGAUGAAGUUCAAGCCCAACCAGACGCGGACCUAUGACCGCGAGGGCUUCAAGAAGCGGGCGGCGUGCCUGUGCUUCCGGAGUGAGCAGGAGGACGAGGUGCUGUUGGUGAGCAGCAGUCGGUACCCAGACCAGUGGAUCGUCCCGGGAGGAGGAAUGGAGCCCGAGGAGGAACCUGGCGGUGCUGCCGUGAGGGAGGUUUACGAAGAGGCUGGAGUCAAAGGAAAAUUAGGCAGACUGCUGGGCAUAUUUGAGCAGAACCAAGACCGAAAACACAGAACAUACGUUUAUGUUCUUACUGUCACGGAAAUAUUAGAAGAUUGGGAAGAUUCUGUUAAUAUAGGAAGGAAGAGAGAGUGGUUCAAAGUAGAAGAUGCCAUCAAAGUUCUCCAGUGUCAUAAGCCUGUCCAUGCAGAGUAUCUGGAAAAACUAAAGCUGGGUUGUUCUCCAUCCAAUGGAAAUGCCACAGUCCCUUCCCUCCCAGAUGCUAGCACCUUGUUCGUAACUGCUGCACAGACCUCUGGCUUGCCGUCUAGUGUAAGAUAGAGAGCAUGGGGAAGGCCUCUCCCACCAUGUGCAGUCUCACAGCGAGAGGCUUCUUUUCCUUGGCAAACAUCUGAAUGACGUUUGCAAAGUGUCUGAAUUUGCCAUGCAGGAUUUUCAAACAAUUUGCAUAUUUUUCAGAUGCUUUCAAAUCUUUUUUUUUAAUAGUGUAAAAUAUUUUAUAAGCCAAAGCCAUGUGGAUUUUUUUUAGAUGCCUUAACUGUGUCCCUGCCCCAUCCUACUCCGUGUUAUUUUGAUUGUUAUUUUUCUCGCAGCAUUUUUUCCAGCUUUUUGUCCAUAUAACAUCAGUCUGUGGUUUUUUUGUCAACUUACUUGUGGGUAUAUUUUACCCCUAAAUUGUUUUCUCAUUCACAGCAUUAACGUAUUCAACAAAUCCUUCUGGAAAUUUCCAAAAAUAAUUCUUGGUAUUCAAAAAAUCCAUUCAUACAACUUAAACAAUUUUAUAAAUAAUUAUUAAACAUAGAAUUUGAAUAAAAAUACAUUUCAGAAUGAAAAAAAAAUCCAUCCAUCUGAACUUGUUUCAUAGGAUCACAAUUUUAAUUUAUAAAUUCCAGAUUUGGAUUCUUUUUGUAUGGUGCAAUAACCAUUUUGACAAAGGACUUCAUUUGCUAUUUUCAGGAAUUGAUCAACUCAUUUGUCUCAAUUUUUACAACUGGUAUUCAUGUCACUAGCUACAUACAUGGCCAAUUCCCCUAUAACUCAAUUGUCCUUUAACAAAAUUUUAACUGUGUAGUUGGCGAGUUUUAGGGAGGUGUAUUAUUGUAAGCAAAACACAUGGAGCAAAUACAUCUUAUCGUGGAAACUGUAUUCAUGGAAUUUGAGUUAGCACGCAGUUGCCAAUUCCCUUUAUCCAUAAUCUCUCUUUACACAGAAUACUUGAGAACUAUAUUUUCCUCAAUGUAAAUUGCUUUCAAAAUGUAUUGUUUUUUAGUUUAGUGUUCUCUUUAGUUACAUGUUCUGGUUACCAAUAACCACAGAGAGGAUUGGAGUCUAAUCUCAAAUGCCAGUCGGUGGUGACUGCAUCACGAUUAAAAUUGCCUUGCUGCUCAGCUGUUACAGACUUAGAUUGUUCGGACACCUUAGAUUGUCUCACCUUUUACAGACUGUCAAUAGGUACUAUUUAUCAUACAGCUAAUUUGGGGGGCACUGGAACAUACCUGAACUAAGAAUUAGUUUGUCUUUUACUUGUCUAUACUUAUUAAAAUCAAGAAUCCUAUCUAAAAUACAUAGGUACCUUCUUGAAACUCCUGCACUUCCCCAAAGGUCAAAAAUGAGGUCGUAGGAGAAACCUUUCGAUAAUAUAUGGGGUGGGGGACAAGGCCAAGAUAUUCUAUAUGUAGACAUUAGCUUUUUGUAAAUAAUUGUAACUGGUGAGUAAUAAAGUAGUAAAUAAGUAUAGUUACACAUUUGUUCUACAAAUUAUUAACCUUUAAAAAUACAAGAGCUGCUAAAAAUAAGUGCUGUUACACUUAAUGAAAAUUGGUGCCACUGUUUUAAAAAUGAGAUCUUGUGCCAUAAAUGCAGCUGAACUAAAUAUAAACAUUCACAAAUUAAUGCUGUCAAAGGAAUGAGUAAUUUAACCAAUGACAUUUCAUUCUAAAUUAUGUAGUGUGAUCAAACAUGAUCAUCGGAAUUUUUCUAUUUUUCUUUGUACAGAGGUUAUGUAUUUUGGGUGUUUUUUUAAAAAGAAAACAUUUUAAAACCCACAGAUUGACACUUUCUAUCAAUCUUCAAUGGACUAAGUUUUUUUUCUCAAUAAUAUAUGAAGUUUCUUUAAAUUACACACUUCACACAGCAGAGGAACUGGAUUGUUUUUGUAUAUAAGACUGUGUCCAUCUGAAAUGCUGUCAGAAGUACUUGGGGGUAUCUUUCUUGUACAUGACAUUUUUCGAGUUAAUGCAUGAUUAUUUUAUAAACUCGUGGACUAUGUAUUUGACUUGUAAAAUAUGUACAGUAUUAAUGUCAGCCAUCUCUUAAAAGUGAGCCUAUAAAUAUUGUUGUAUAAUUUUCUGUGGUCAGAAACAUUUGGACAAAGUAGUGCCACUGGGUCAGGAUUUUCUUCAGUGCUAUUUAGCAAACCAGCUGUCUUUAGUCUGUGCAACUAGCAAAAAUGUGUACAGUGCAACAGGAUACUUCACAGUUGUCACACUUUACAUUUCAAAGGAAGAUUUCUUCACUAUUCUGGAACCCAGGCUAGCAAAAUUAGAGGAAAGGCCCUAAGGAAAUUUCUGUUAAGAGAAAAAGCCUACAUUUUCAGACUCCACAGUUAAAUCUACUACAGAUAAAGUGUCUACUAUCUCAACGCUCCAAAGUUUACAGAGUGUUUGGACUGUCGUGCUUUCUGUGCGGUAGAUGGAUAAAAUUGGGCAGUUAAAAUUUCCAGUCCCAUGUGCCUCCUAAGUAAAAUUAAGUUUGUAAGUUGACUUGCAGACACGAAGUAGCAACUAUCCUGUAUGUUCCUUGUUGGCUUUGUUUUUUGUAAACAGGUGAAAUUUUCCAACCAGGCACAUGCCAUUCAGUUUUCUGUUGUUGAUCACACAGUUGUAUAAAGCAGCAAAAGUCAGGGGGGGAUGAUUGUUGUAUACACUUUGAAUUGCUUUGCAUGGUCUCACUGGAGAUAAUUGGUGUAAGAAUCUUGACUUUUUUUAUAUUUGGAAACAUCAAAUAAAAGUGGAAAUAAAGUGUC